CCUAUAUAGAGAUAUCAAAAUUUUGAUGGAUUGGAAUUUUCACUUUUGCUUAAAAUUGUGUUUUAGGAGAAGCGAAACUGUUUUACAAUCUGCAGGAUGUCUCUGAUUUCCUCAUCAUUAUCUGAGGUUCACAAAACAGCCUUAAGAGUAUGUCGUGUUGACUUAGAAGAUGACCUAGCUGUUGAGCACAUCAUGACCAGGUUUAGGCAGAGAGGUAUCAUCACUCUAACAAUGCAGGAUAACAUACUGGCAGAACGUACACCAACCAUGAAAUGUAGGACAUUUCUAGACAUGCUUGAGACAAGAGGAAAAGAUGCAUUUGUGGUUUUUAUCACAGCAUUGAAAGAAGCAAAAUAUACACACCUUGCAGAGCGUCUCGAAAAGGAAGUAGCUUUACAGUCCUUAGCCCUUGCUGUCAACAGCCUCAGAAUAGCUACUGAAAAUGUCAACACACUGCACACUAUGAUAUCUAAAGAGCAUAAUGUUGCCAUUUGUUCCUCUAUGGACGAAGUCCAAUCUUUACUUACAAGGUUACAGAAAACCCUAAUCCUAAAGGAAUUAUCUGAACCUUGCCUUACCCUUAAAUGCAAAAUAGAACUAAGCCACAGCUGUAUGGGAUUGUGUGAAAGUCCAAAUGGAGAAAUAGUUAUUGUUGAACACGAGCAGGGCAUCAUAGUAUACAACAAGGACUUAACAUUUAAAAUGAAGUUUGCUGUGUCUAUGCCAACAGAUGCUGAAUGCCUUCCCACUGGCGAGAUCCUUGUAUCAUCUCGUUAUAAUAAUUGUGUGAAGAAGUUUGACAAUGAUGGCCAAUACAUCAGGGAUAUAUGUGGAGAGAUCAAUGAGCCACACGCAAUGUCCUACAGUCAACAAGUUGGCCUUGUCGUAAUUGGAAGCAAACCUGAGUGCAUCUACAUAUGCAAGGCUACUGGGGAGAUAACAAGAACAAUCAAAAAGAACAAUUCAGCUUUCUAUACAGAGUUUGUAUUAACCCACAUAAGAAAGAAAUCCUUGUAUCAGAUUUGUUCACCAGCACUCUCCACUGCCUCGACAAAGAUGGCGAUACUGUCUGCACCUACAACGGCAAAGGUGAUAAUAAGGCAAAGACAAAAAUUCAGUUCCUGGUCACCAGGGUUAUAAUUCUAAAACAGCCAGCCAGGUUAACAUUUGUUCUUCAUUUUCAAAAUUUCAAUAUUUGUUGAAAAAUCAUAUUUUUAAAAAC